AUGGCACCAACACCAACAUUCAAGGGAUGCAGACCAGCUCUCCAGGCUGACUUUGUCUGCAUUAUGAAGAAAUCUGUCAAUCAUGAAGCUGGAGAAUCAAAGAAGACUCGCCCUUCGCUGUGUGUAGAUCUUCUAGAAGUACUCAUGUCUGUGUCUCUCUCUUUCCUCUUUAUGUUUUCUACUCUAGCUUUGAAACUAGAAUGCCCAUGUUUUGCUAUUUGUCAUGUUGGGUUUCUCCAAAGAGCAUUUUGGGGGUAUUCUCCACCCAGUAAGGAGGGCAGGAGAUUUCUCAACUAUUCCCCAUUUCCCCAAGAAGCUGGGGGACACAAAUGA